AUGGGUCGCUCGUCGUCUUGGUCCAUCAGGACGCCUGGCGGCUCCGGCUCGGGCCAUGAUCGCCAUUGGCGGCGCGCUGGCACCGGUCUCAUCAUCGGCACCGGUGCGGCCCUGGCCAAGGCUGGUCCUGGCUCGCUCUUCAUCUCAUACACUUUUAUCGGCGCCAUCGUCUUUCUCCUCAUAGCGGCCCUCGGCGAGAUUGAGAUCUUCCUCGUCGCCGGCGACGAGCCCUUUGACUGGCGCACCCUCAUCACGGGCUAUCUGGGCAUCCCGCUGUACCUGCUGCUCCUCUUUGGCCACAUGCUCGUCAAGAAGUCGCUGGCCAUCGCGCCUAGGGAUGUCGACUUUUACACGGGAAAGGAUAUCAUCGAUCGCGAGGAGGAGGCCUUCCUGGCCAAGAAAGAGAAAAUGGCCGCGAGCAGGGCCGGGUGGAACAGGUUCUACGACGGCUUCCUGCCGCCGCUGUUCUUGAGGUUGCUGUCGCGACCCGUGACGCCAGAGUCCGAUCACGUGCGCGGCGCUAGUGCCCGAGCUUAG